ACACACACACACACCCUCCCUGACUUAGUCUAAGCCUCACUCCGGAGAACAGCAGUCUUCUCUCUGCUCUUCGAGCUGCUUUCUGUUGCUUCCCCGCCCAUCUGUGCUGUCAGCAGCAUCGGCAAAGUUGGCCUCAAACUUGAAUGGAGCUGAAGGCUCCAGCUUCCCGGAGCUCCAUGGGGCAGUAGGCCGGCCUGAGACUCUGAACUCAGCUGGCCUGGAGAGGCUGACCCUCCCAGCCCCCAGCUGGCCCUUGCUCUCCUGGGUGACACGUCUGCCCCUGACCUGUAGGCCCUGAGUCUGGGCUGAGGAAUGGUGCGCUGAGGUCCCUCUGGAGCCCCUCGUCCCGGCCUGGAGCUGGAGCAGCCCAAGGCCCAGGCCAGCAUGGCCCACCCCGGGCAGCCUCAGUUUUCCCCGGCGCAGGAGCCAGGCACCGUCUCACCCCUGGACCUGCCGGAGAUGGAGAAACUCCUCACCAAGGUCGGGGGCCAGGAUGACAAGCCCCUGAAGCUGUCCAAGUCCCCCUCGGGGGCUCUGGACCUGGAGCAGGGCUGCCACAGCCUGCCCUUCAAGGUGGUAUCCGAGGGGCACCGGGAGGCCUCGAUCCCCCAGGCAUCCUCCCGGGCCAGCUCGAGGCGGGCAUCCUCCAUUGCCACCACCUCCUACACCCGGGACAGAGAAGUUCCCAAAGAUUACCUCGUCCUUGCCAUCACCUCCUGCUUCUGCCCCAUCUGGCCCCUCAACCUCAUCCCCCUCAUCUUUUCCAUUAUGUCUCGAAGUAGCAUGCAACAGGGAGACCUGGACGGGGCCCGGAGGCUGGGCCGCCUGGCCGGCAUGCUCAGCGUCACCUUCAUCAUCCUGGGGGUCGUCAUCAUCAUCGUGGCCGUGGCUGUCAACUUUGCAGACAGCAUCCCUGAUGAGACAACCAGGACCUACUGGAAGUCAACCAUGCACGUGCUGGAAGUCAGGAAGCAACACUUCUGUGAGUGCCCAAAGGUGGCCCAGGGAAGUUAUCCAAGCAGGACGACCAUUUUCAAAGGUGACACUCAGCUGCUCACAGAGCCCAGGCAGCUUUGAGAAUUUCUGGGCUAUGCAGUUCAGAAGAAAUAAACCUAACUAGGGGGCUGUGCUAGCAGAAGCAGGCCCCCACCCACUGGAAAGCUCCACACCCACAUGCCCCAUGUACCUCGGAGGACAGGAUGGUGACUGCCAAGUGCCCACCUGUCCCCCAGCUCCAAAAGUACAAACUUGUAGGGAAACCCCCAAGUCACCCCAUUGCCAGCCCACAUCAAAUGGGAAAGCAAGAGGAAGAAAGGAAGGGAGGAGAUGAAAUUGACUGUGAAACCAGUGAAUACUGUGGUUUAAUCUCAGAUGCACAUCCCGGCAUUUUAACCCCAGGGUUCUGGCUGGUUUCUCAUCCCCACGACUUCCUGGGACCUGCCAAGCAGCACAUACAGCCAGAGUGAGAAGAAACCAGCCCCACAAGCAAGACUACAGCGGGGAGAGAGGUAGCACAGUCCCUGCGUGUCUGACGACCGGGAGAAAAGACGCGGGCCUUUAUUAUCUUUUGUAUUUUUCUUGAGGCAGGAUAAAAAAGACUGUGUGCAUGCCUUGUGCCACGUGCCUGCUGCGAUCCCAGCCAGUACCCUGAGCUCAGAGGCCAAGCUUCUGCUCAGCACAUGCCCUGAAACCCCUCGGACACACAGGAUGUGCAGCUGCUCUGGAAAGAGGCAACAGCCAUACUUCAAUCCUACAUCCAUCGCAGGGUGCAGGCACCGAGCGGAAUGUUGGUGGAGACAGAAACGGGGACAGCAUGACCCACAGACCUCUUCCCAGACAUUUCAGCCUCACGAGCAUCUCGGCUGAGAAGUCUGGUGUCAGAGCAUCUGCCAGGCUGACGCAGUCUGCCUCUAGUCCCUACCUGGGCUGUAGCCUGGGCACCAACCAAGAACUCCCGGGGCCUGACCUUGCCUCCAGGACAGCCAGUGAAAAGGAACCCAGGCCUGAGCUCUCAUCCUGACAGGCCCUCCCUGGCUGUCUGGGGCACAAACUCAGAGUUUCAUGCAGAGGGGCUCAGGGUCCCCAUGCAGAGGGGCUCAGGUGGGGCCUGGGCUCCCAGCUCCCAGCCCAGCUGCAUCUGAUGCUCUGUGCCUCACCCUGUGCCCCUGGCCAACCACAAACAGUGAAGGCUUUCCCUGGAGCAGGCUUUGGGACCACCCCUGGGGGAAAUUCCCAUGGGCUCCCAGGCCAUUAGGGGUGUUUGUGCCUUCUGCAGGGGCGUGGGCCAGAGUUUUUAUGAAGGUUUGUUGUUCAUGGGGUCUAGAGAGUUUCAAGAAAGAGGGAAGAGCUUGGCUGAAGGGUCCCAUCUUUGGGGACCCAGGCUUAGGAACACAUCCACAUGCCCAGAAUCAGGGGCCCGGACUCCAUGGCCUUUGUCUCAGGACUUAAUGGGACACCUGGAAGGAGUUAAGCAGGGCCCCUCAGAUUUCUCCCGGGUCUUUCUUGCUCCCACUUCCCCUGUUGGCUUCAGCCCCCAAACCCUUGGAGAAGGAUGCUACAGGCCUUCCCACCCUGUGAGGCCCUGCCUAGCAGCUAGGGUUCCAGGAGGUUGGGAGGGCAGGUUCUCAGGGCCCCAAGUUGGCCAAGAAUGUUUCCUCUGUGCCUGUUCAGGACCCUCAUGCCUCCUUUCAGGGUCCCUGCCCGUCUCUCCCACCCUCCUCAGAGGCUCCUGAGGAGGGAGCAUGUCAGCACAGAGGCUCUGUCUGCCGGGAGGGGCUCUGGGUCCUGGGUGCAGCCCCAAGCCUUCUAGGAGGGCCUGUAUGAACGAGGGGAGGGUUCAGGGCCCAGGGGCAUGGGCAGAUCCCUCUAGGGCUGGCGUUCCUGUGUCAGUCACCCACCCAGGGAAUAAACUCCAACCUCUCCCGACCCUAAAGGAGGGACCAGCUGGAUUUGCUUUAUGGGACCUUUGAGGCCAAAAUAGAAAUGCCCGUGUUUGUCGGGGGGGAGGAAGGGGAUAAGCCCAGAGUAUCUGUGUCACUUUCAAGGUCAGGUCAGGCCAGGGGAGUCAGGAUGAGGUCUAUGAAUCUGACAUUCACCGGCCCCCACCCUGGAAGGAGGGGUCAUGAGUCAGCUGUCUUCCGGCAGGUCCCAGGGGUCCCCAGCUUCAGCACCCAGGGAGAAGAGAGCAGUGAACCAGACUGUUUAGGCGUGGUCUUGUGGGAAAAUGAUGGCAGAGGUGGGACCGCGGCCUCUGUGUGCCCUGGGACCGUCACACACACCUAGACCUGCCCCCCAUCUACAGUCUCACCCACAAAAACAGGCCCUGCCACGCACGCACUCCCACAGAUACACACACUGGCUCCUACUCCAAACCCAGGAUGGUGGAGAAGGAGAGAAGCCACAGCAGAUCACUGCAAACGCAGGCACGGCAGGAGCAUCCUUCCGUUCAGGCGAGAACGACUUGAGAGUCUUCUAGUCAGACUAAGGAUGUAGCUCAGAGGCCUCCAAGGUGUGUGGGAGGGGCAGAGGCCUCGGGAGACGGGCCCUUCCGGCAGAGAGGAGCCCAGGGCCAGAGGAUGGGAAACCCUUCAGAGGUAAGGCUGGGACGGAGGGACCCUGCUGCCUCCCACCCACAGGUCUCCUGACACCCCCAGACCUCGUUGAAUACGAAGGGACAGUGGCCCUGCCAUCCUAGCGCCUUCGUGGGUCCAGUACUGGCUGCAUGAACACAGUGGUCCCCUGGCUUGGGGCACUGACCCAGCCCCUCCCCAGGUCCCCUAGGGAACAGCAAGCACCACCCCCUGACCACCACCGGCCCCCACUCACCAGUUCUCUCUGUAUUUCUCGGCAUGGAAAGAAAUAAAGCUGACCGUCCAAGCCCA